GCGGCCGAGCAGCGUCUCCUGAGGGAGACGGGAAAAUGGCGGCUGAGGGGGCUUCUUCUUACUGUGGGGAGAUGAGGGACCAGCGAAGGAACGGUUAUGGACGUUACGUUUAUCCCAACUCCUUUUUCAAGUAUGAAGGACAGUGGCAGAGAGGGAAAAAACAUGGACAUGGGAAAUUACUGUUCAAGGAUGGAAGUUAUUAUGAAGGUGAAUUUGCAGAUGGAGAAAUUGUUGGCCACGGACUCAGAUACUGGGCAUCUACAGGGAAUACUUAUUCCGGCCAAUUCCUCUUUGGAGAACUUCACGGGCAUGGAGUCUUUCAUUAUGGAAAUGGUGGAAAAUAUGAAGGAGCUUUCUCCUAUGGGAUGCGAGAAGGCUACGGGUCACUGACUGGAAAGGAUGGAGAGACUUACCAAGGAUGCUUUCAUAACAACAAAAAACACGGAGGAGGAAAAAUGACCUUCCAAAAUGGGGAUGAAUUUGAAGGCGACUGGAUCCUGGAUCAGAGGCAAGGCCAUGGAGUGCUUCGCUGCGCUAAUGGAACCCUAUAUGAGGGACAAUGGAGAAAUGAUACAUUCAAUGGACAAGGCUGUAUGAUCCAUUGUUCGGGUGUCAUCUACGACGGUCUCUGGCAUAAUGGCUCCCCCAUUGAGCAAGCAAAGACAAUGGUGAUUUUGGGACCAGAGGUGAUCGACGCAGGCCCAGGAUCGGCUCUUACUUUUCAUGUUCAGCUGGAGACUAAAAAUGGAGAGAUUUCUAAAAGUGAAAGGGGCCGCCUGCUGGCAAUUGCCGCUAAGAUCAGAAAGUGCCCGCUUCCAGCAAGCUACACCACUGGCUCCAGUGAAUCGCUUGAACCAGCUGAGAAGCCGUCCUUCCAAAACUCAUUGAAGUUUGGGGGUGCAGACUGCCCUUUGAUGGCUGCCAUGUCUGGAAGCCCACCACUGCAAGAUGCUCUACCAGUUGUCAGCAAAUCUGGACCUGCUGGGCCUGAAGGGCUCGCCUCCAAGGGAAGAGGGCCAGAACCCAAAAUGACGUUCUGUGCUGGUAGAGGAGAUGCCCUUAGCAACCAGGAUAAAGGAAGCCAUACCUACGGUUUUCCCCAUUUGCAAAGGAGCAAACAUGGCUGGGCCACCUUCAGAAACAUCACCCUCGCCUCUCUCCUGGCCGAUCCACUCCCUGAUCCACAGGCUGGCAAACUGCCUGAAGUAAGAAAGAUCAAAUUUGAAAAGCAAAGUGCCAGGGCCUCUACAGAGGAAAUGGAGGCUUCCACCAUGGUUAAGGCCAGAAGUAGCAGAUCAGGAAUGGCCAUUGAAGGAUGGAAGUCCAGGGUGAAUGAAAACCCUCCAAAAGCCCUCACACCACCUCCACCAGGAGAGUAUGUAAUUACGGUUCGCGAAGUGACAUCACCUCGAUUCCUAGGCCAACUUCUCCCACCUGUUUUCAAGCUUUUGAGAGUUCUGCCAAAGAAAGACAUAGUUAUGGGUUCCGGUAAAGAAAUUCAGAAAGAUCUUGGCAGUUAAAGGGGGAGGAAAUCGAUGGACUGCAACCAAGCUCCCACCUGAACUUAGGGGGAGAUGUGUGCCCUUCACUGACAUGGGAAUUAUUCAUGCAACUUCACCUCUCAGCAAUUUCCCUCUUUCUCUUAAAGAGGAUCUACAGCAUGGGAAACACAAAAAAAAAGCAAAGGAGCAAAAUACAACCAUCUGCUUUAUCAUUCCUUCUAGCCAAUAUUAAUUUAGAUGAACUGUAGAUACUUAAUUUUGCAUCGCUGUAGGCCAAGGAUUCAGUCCUACUAGCAUCUAUGUAUAAUUUCUCUCCAAAUCAAAGCGUACUUUGUGCAUUCAAC